UACAAGGUGUGUGUGUGUGGGAAGCCUGGCACAAACACUAGCCACGCCAUGUUUAACAUAACUCGUUGUCAAUAAUGGCUCCCUGUUCAUAUAUUUAGCGUUUUUCUCCCCCUGUGAGUAUCACAACCUAUUCCACUCUCUCCUUGUUAAUGUCAAAAUUAACGCUUUGGCCCCCCUGUCCCCUAAUCAACUGGAUUUCGCCAAACUUCACCCUCAAAACCUCAAAAAAGCUGGCUUGAGGCUCCAACACGGUCAAGACUUUGUUUCGUUGGUUUCUGUUGAAGUUACAGAGUGGGUGAGGUAAGCCCCAGCAAGACCAUGACAGCUGAUAUCACUAGCUCCAAUAUAAGACCUAGGCCCGUUCCAGAUGCUUUUGCUCCUGGCCUCAGGAUGUCUCUGCCAACCAAUUACCGGCAAGUAGCCAUGAUGGGUCCAACCCCAACACCAGGCCCCACACAUGUUUACAUGCCCGCGUCACCAAUGAUGAGCAACAUACUCAAAGCCACCACGACCUCAUCCUCCUCCACCUCUUCUGGAAAUGGAGGCUCAGGGAGUUCGAAAGACCGACUGGCUCGCACUCCCAGCACCCCUUCCUCCUCUUCCAAAGGGGUUGGGGAAGCAAAUGUUCCCAGCCCAUUCACACCACCUGUACAUGGCAACCCAGCCUUCAACCCACAGAAGAUGGGAUCUGGGAAGGGAGGGGUGAGUAAGCAAAGCGGCGAGGGACGAAUCCCAAAACCUCCAAAAGCACCUGAUAAGCCUUUAAUGCCCUACAUGAGGUAUUCUCGCAAGGUUUGGGAUCAAGUGAAAGCUGCAAACAAUGAUCUCAAAUUAUGGGAAAUUGGCAAAAUUAUUGGGUCUAUGUGGCGAGAUCUACCUGAAGCGGACAAGCAGGAUUUUGUUGAUGAGUACGAGUCGGAGAAGCUUGAAUAUGAAAAGGCAAUGAAAAGCUAUCAUGCUUCCCCGAGCUAUCAAGCAUACUUGAAUGCCAAAACAAAGGGUUUUCUCCCAUCAGCAGGAUCUGCAGCCACAGAAGAAAAAGAAAUAAUUGACCGAUCAUCCAGUACUACCACGCCAGGGACCAAACUUGAUCGCCGUAUUGAUAUCCAGCCAGCUGAAGAUGAGGACGAUUAUGAUGAUGGACUAAGUGUAAAGCAUGUAGGCCAUGCUAGAUAUGUGCGGAAUCAUCGCCUCAUCAAUGAGAUAUUUUCUGAUACAGUUGUACCUGAUGUAAGAUCUGUGGUCACAAGUCAGCGCCUGACAGUGUUAAAACGACAGGUUCAGUCUUUGACUAUGCACCAGAAAAAGCUGGAGACAGAGCUUCAACAAAUUGAAGAAAAAUUUGAGGCAAAGAAGCAAAAGUUUAUGGAAGCAGGUGACAGCUUUCAGGGAGAACUAAAAAAAGUAAAGGCCAUGGCUCCAAAGCUAGACGAAAUAUCCUUUGCUGCUAUGGUAGAACGACAGAAAGAAAUACUAAGGCGAGAGGCUGAAGAGAGGCAGCGCACAGCACAAGGAUUACCUCCACGACCUUCCUCUACUUCGUCUUCCCAGGCAGCACCACCUGGUAACCAAACUGUACGAGAAGAUGGCAAUGAAGCAGCUGGACCUGCUCCCCAGAACACUGCUACUCCAGUUGAUGCUGCACCCUCUCCUGCACCAAUGCAGUUAUGACUAAGGCUAAAACUGCUGCCUUCACGGCUCACCUGGCGAUGAUACAUCAUAUGCUGCCUAUAGUAAUUAUCACAUUUGUGACUCGACAGUGAAGUACGGUAUUUGCCUGAAAGGUAUUUCUUCAAAUCAUGAUCAAGGUUUGCCUGAGCAAGAAUUCAGAGAAACUGCCAAAGAUGUUCACUCUAGAUCAGAAUAUUUUUCCAUAUUUAAGAGCAAUUCAGUUGAGGUGAAAGUUUAAAAUGUACAUAACUUAAUUUGAAUCUUGUUUUCUAUAAAGCAAGUCAUAUUAAUUAUUGAGGUUAACUGCAAGUAUAUUAAACAAUAAAUUAGCUUUAACUAGGAAGUGGAUACAUUGAAAAAUCCCUUUGUAAUAUAUUUAUUAAAGAGCUAGAGCUCCGAAAACACAAACUGUUUAGGCAUUAAAGUAAGUUUCACAAUUAUAUUUCAUUCACAUGUAAAAAAGUUACAUGUUUAGAAGUCAGUUUGUUUUACAACCAGUUUUUCUAGGUUAAUAAUGCUUAAUAUAUUUUGUGGCAUUAUUCUGAGCAGCUAAUGCAGGCAAUAUUCAACUUUUGUUCUGAUUAUCUUGUCUUCUUUUUCCUAAAAGUACAUAUACUGUAUAUGAAUGCUAGGAUCUUGAGAUUUCUUUGUUUAACAUGUUUUCCUUAUUCGAUAAUACUGUACAACAAAUUUAAGGUUUUAAAGAUAGAUAUACAUGUACCAUUUGAUGUCCAGUUCACUAAAUCAGCUGUGAUGAUUAAUAAUAUGAAAAGCUUUUAUGUAGCAUAUAACAUUUUCUUGGAAUAAUAUAAUUUUGUAGAUUAAAAUGAAGGUUUUAUUCCAUCAUGUUCAUACAAAACUCCCACAUAUAGUAAUUAUUUAUUGACCAGUUAAGUUUUAACUAUAAUUUUUCCUCUUUGUUGCUUUUUUACUUUUAAAAUUAUUCUUUCAUGUUUUGGUAAACAAAUAAAAGCUAGUUUUUCUUCUUUUUAACCCCUUAACUGUGGCAGUCCCAGAAAUUAAAAUUCCUGUAUAAAUGGCAAGAUUUUGGAAAGUAAAUAAAAAAAAAAUUUAGACUGAAAGAAUGCAUUUUUAUGAGUCAAAUAACACUAAAAUUAGUGGACCCUGACAAAAUUCAUGAUUUUACGUUUUGUUGAAGUUGGUGAAAAACAAUCACUCAUUUGAAGCAGUGCCAUAAAUGUGCCAGUGAUAUUUACUUCUUAUAUUUUUUUUUUUUCAACAUGUCAGUCAUCUCCCACUGAGUCUAAAUUAUGUUUUUUUUUUUUUUUUUUUUUUUUUUUUUUUUAAAUUUUUUAUGUUUAACACUGUGUAGACCACUAAUAUGCGUUUCAAGGUGUUUUUGUACUUCAGACAUGCAUAGCCUAAUAUUGCUCCAUAUGGAAUGUAUAGUAUAAAUUGGAGCAAUUUUUUUUCCUACUGCUUUGGUUUUCUGACACUAUGUACAAGGAAUACCUAUAAUAUUAAAACUUUUAAUGUAUAUGUAACACCUGUGUGCCUUCCAGAUCAUAUAAAAAUAUAUAUUUACAAGGAAAUAUAUUAAAAUUAUUCAAGGUGUAAUACUCGUGGAAACAUGAAAAUAGGUCACAUUGACUAUAUUGGGUUAUCCUAGGGUAAGUCUACAUAAUGUGCUAAUUGGCUGAAUUCCAAAGUUAGUACGUAUUAUGAAAUUAUAAUAAAUUUGGAAUGGAUAGGGCAUCUUCCUAGCAGUUUCACACUGUUUGCUGGUAAGGAAACUGGUGGUGGAUCAACAGGUCCGGGUUUCAUUGUUCACGUAUGAAGGCACAAAAAAAAAAGUGCGUACUAAUGUCUGACAGUCAUCACCCGUGUACUAAUACAUUGGAUACAGUCGAGUUCCCAAUAUUAACCUUUUUAACUAAGUUUACAGCAGUCUGCUUUUUUCCUUUACUCUGAAAUUUUUUUAACGUGGCUACUCCUCUGGUUAUUCUAGUUGAAUUGAGCACUAUCCAUCACUCAUUGGAAAUCUGAAAGAGCAGUUCUGUUAGAUAUGGCUCAGUAAUUUUUAAUUGAUACUAAACUUACUGUGGUUUAAUCAUGAUCAUGUGGAGUUUCAUGGGUUAAAUAUGUAGAACUUAAAAAUAUGUUCAUGUUUUUUACUCUACAGAAUAAACUUUUAUUUUAUUUUCCAGUAAAUUAUUCAGCCAAGAAUAAGUGAUAAUAUUACUGGUUUUGAUACUAAGUACAUUCUGUAAUUAAGUUGUAUUCUCCCAAGAUUGACUGAAUUUUUCCUCUAAAUUAAAUAUAUAUAAACCAAGUUUGGUAUUUUUUGAAAAAAAAAAAAAAAUCCUUAAUGUUUUUACAUAAAUAAA